AUGGUGCUGGAGGCGCUGCGGCCGCGGGUGGUGCGCUGGGCGCUGCUGGCCGCCUUCGCCGCCGGGGUGGCCGUGGGCUGGCAGGCGGGCCGGGCGCGCCGCCGCUUCCUGCGCUGGCGGCAGCGUUACCUCCAGCGCCGCCUCGCCGCAGCACAGGAGAAGCUGGAAGCGGCCUGAGCCCGGCAUGGCCUGGCAGCGGGCUCCGAGCGGAUCCUCCGGUGGGUUCGGCUCCUCCGGAGCUCCGGUGGGCGCUGCCUGAGCCGCUGGGAACGGGGGAAGCGCUGCUGGGGAAGGACAGCAUCCGUGGGAUGGCAGGGCUGCCGGCUGGACAGCAUCCGUGGAAUAGCAGGGCUCCUGGAGAAGGACAUCAUCCGUGGAAUAGCAGUGCUGCCAGAGAGAACAGCAUCCAUAGAAUACCAGGACUUCUCUUCCUCCCUUCGCAAAGCAAGAUCCCCAACUGUGUCAGACUAACCUAAGAACUGAGGAUAUGCAAGCAGCGAUGCCAAGCCUGGAAUGGACUGUUCAGGGAGGUUUGGAGUCCCUAUCCCUGCAGGUGUCCAAGGAACAACUGGACGUGGCACUCGGUGCUCUGGGCUGGGUGACAAGGUGGGGAUCGCUCACGGGUUGCACUCGGUGAUCUCGGAGGUCAUUUCUAAGCUCGGCGAUUCCAUGAUUCUCGGAUUUCCAUAUUCCACAGAAGGGUUGUCUGCACGUGUCCAGCUCUAAGCCUGCUGCUCUGCCCUUGCCAGGAAGCGCUGCCAACACAAUAAACUAGCAAAAGUCA